AUGGUGACCAGCGUUUACGCGGGCCUGCUGGUGCUGCGCAACCCCUACAUCUACGCCGUGCUCACCGUCCUCACGGUGCUGCCCCAGAACUCAAAUGUCACCAGCCUGAACAACCUGGUGCUGCUCUUCUACGAGUCCGGCCUGUUCACCAGCUUCGCCGAGGCGGUGACGUGCGUCCGGCUGGUGACGUGGCUGUCCAUGGGCUUCAUGGUGCUGAGCUUCAGCCUGGUGUAUGCGUGA